AAAAAAAAAAAAAAAAAAAUUUUUCCCAGAAUCUUUUCUUUUUUGACUAAAUCUAUAUUUUUUUUAACGCUAUGGAUCCUUUCUUCUCUGCUUCAACAAACUUUGAUAAUUCAAAUUCUGUUUUCAGUAUGAAUGAUAACAACUUUCCUUGGGAUUUUACUCUCGAAGAUAAUUUAGAAGCGCAAAAGUUAUUGGCUGCUGCUAUUGCACACAACGAUCAGUAUAGAUAUGACGACGACCAAAAACGAAAGUUAGAAAUGUUGGAAGACGUUGUUCAACAAAAUCCUUCAAAAGUUAGUCAUAAUCUAAAUAUUUCUUCUGUACCACAUCCAGAUCUUACAGCAGAAACUGAAGCUGAAGUUAAUAAAACAGGUUCCGAUGUACAGUCUGAACAAUCGACUGAACCUCAGAAAAAAAAACCGGGUAGAAAACCAUUAACUAAUACUCCUAGCUCAAAACGUAAGGCACAAAAUAGGGCUGCUCAACGUGCGUUUCGAGAAAGAAAGGAACGUUAUGUAAAAGAACUCGAAAAUAAAAUCAAAGAACUUGAAUCUGUGUCAGCAAAAAGUGCUCAAGAAAACCAACAAUUAAAAACACUUGUUGAACAAUUACAGGCUGAAAAUUUCAUAUUAAAACAAACAAGUUUCACCUUUGAUUUCCCAAUUGAUAAAGUGAAUGAUACGCCCCUUGACAAAGACAUUAGUGAACUUCUUGCAUCAACGCCUGCGACAACAUCGGUAUCAAAGACAAGUACAUUAAGUAUCCCUACAUCAUAUACACCUCCAUCCUCAAAUGAGAGCGAUGAAGAACCAAGUUCACCGUCUGGUACAGGUUCUGUUGGGGAUUCAGAUAAUAAUUCGGAAAUAAGAGAUACAUCGGCUGGAAAUUCUCCUAAACAAGUACCUGAUACUAGCCAAAUAGAGCCUACAACUAUCAAUCCCCUCCCAUCAUCUUCACAGUCACACUCUUCUAAACCUCAAAGUGCAGAAGAGUUUUGUGAAAAGUUUACAGAUAGUUUUUGCAAAGAUAAAGAAAAAAAUAAAAAAUCAAGUUCAACGGGAGAAUCCAGUAAAUUACCAUCCGCAUUCACACAAUAUCGGGAUCCAACACCGUUUACUCCUAAUAUUGAUAAUCCUUUCUCCGAAUCUACUCCAUUACCGCCGCUUUUCGAAGAUAAUUUCCAAGGUUUUGGAACUUUCGAACCAAUGGCUACUCCAUCUGAAGAACACAGAAAUCCUCUAGGUGGCAAUUUUGGUUCAUCGUUGGAUGAAAUUAGUAAUAAAAGAUUUUUAUCAUGUAAUAAGGUAUGGGAAAGAAUACAGCAGCACCCAAAGUUUGACGAUUUAGAGGGUGAUGAAAUCGAUCAACUUUGUUCUGCGCUGAAAGCUAAGGCAAAGUGUUCAGGCAACGGUCCAGUUGUACCUGAAGAAGAAUUAGAAGCUGUUUUGGUUAAAUUGGAAGACAAAUAAGAUUAUACUCACAUUACAAAAUUCAAGUUCCAGCAAUUUAUUUAGGGUUAGGGUCGUAAUCUACGUUCAAUAAUAUUCGUAUGAAAUAAUUAGAAAGCAGCAUAAAAAUCAAUAAUCAUAAAAAAAAGAAGAUCGAAGAUUUCUUCUACCAAUAAGAAAAAGAAAGCUGAAGCUGUAUUUAAUGCGUACAGUUAAGGAUUUUUUAUUCUUAUUUAAUAUUGGUAGUUGGACAGUUGGGCUUUUUUUAUUAUUAUUACGCAUUGUUAUUUUUUUUUNUUUUUCUUUUUU